AUGGCCACAUACCUACGGACAGAUGUUCAUGAUGGCUGGACCUUCAAGCAAGCAGACAAGCCAGACUCGGACUUCAGACCUGUUGCCCAAUUUCCCACCGUCAUUCAUCUCGACCUCCUACAUCAUGGCCUCAUCCCAGAUCCGCCCAAAGAUAGAAACAGCGAGCUGAUUCAAUGGGUCGGCGAGAAGCAAUGGCUCUACAAGACGUCAUUUACCUCGCCGCAAGCUCCAUCAAGCACUGGCAAGGUGUCUCACACCAUGGUCUUCGAUGGCCUCGACACAUAUGCCAAGAUCAGCCUAAACGGCAAAGAGAUAGCCAACACUGCCAACAUGUUCCUCCAAUAUCGCGUCGGUGUUACGGAUACGUUGAAGCCGGCAGGCGAGGAAAACACCCUUGAGCUUCUCUUCGACUCCGCGUUCCUGGAGGGCAAGCGCCUAGAAAAGGCGCAGGGCUACAAGAACCUGUUCUGGAAUGGCGAUUCCUGCCGCAUGAACGUCCGCAAAAUCGGAUGCCAUUUUGGAUGGGAUUGGGCACCGACGUUGCUAACCUGUGGCCCGUGGCGACCAAUUUAUCUCGAGUCAUUUGUAACCCGCAUCGCCGAUCUAAACAUUGAUAUUGAUGUUGCAGAUUCGCUGGAUGAUGCAACAUUGACUAUCACGUCAGAACUGCAGGGCCACGAUGACAAUGAGCAUGCGGUCCAAGUCAGCAUCGCCAACCCAGAUGGAGAAACUGUUUUCACCGGCGACGGUAACGGCAAAGUCAAGCUCACAAGCCCCAAGCUGUGGUAUCCAGUCGGUUAUGGAGAACAGCCGCUAUACACGGUCACGGCUGUUCUGGGUAACCAACAGGUCAUCCGCAAAGUCGGUAUCCGCCAUCUGCGUCUGGUGCAGCGGCCUCUCAAGAACGGAGCUCCAGGGACGACCUUCUUCUUCCAGGUCAACCAGAUCCCCAUCUACUGCCGCGGUGCUAACUGGGUGCCUGGCGAUACCUUCUUGCCGAGGAUCAAUGAGAAACGCUAUCGCCAGUGGAUCGAGCUGGCUCUCCAUGGCAACCAAAACAUGAUCCGCGUGUGGGGAGGAGGUCUUUACGAAGACGAUUCGUUUUAUGAGUUAUGCGAUGAGCUUGGAAUUCUCAUCUGGCACGACUUUCAGCUCGGGUGCGGCGUUUACCCAGUCUCCGAUUUCAUGACCAACACCAUCCGUGAGGAAGCCAUCUACAACCUCAAGCGACUGCGACACCACCCGUCCAUCGUCUUAUGGUGCGGAAACAACGAGGACCACAUGUUUGCUGAGCUGCAUCAUCUCGAAUACGACAUCAAUGAUAAGAACCCAGACAACUGGCUCAAGACGAACUGGGCAGCGCGUUGGUAUUACGACAAGAUGCUCCCCGAUAUCUGUGCCGAACUCGUCCCUCGCGUCCCUUACCACAACUCCUCUCCCUGGGGCGGCACAUACAGCAAUGACCCGACAGUUGGUGACAUUCAUUCCUGGAGGGUAUGGAUGGCAGAUCAGCCGCGCUACCCGUACCAGGAUUACGAGAAACUCACCGGUCGCUUUGUGAGCGAGUUUGGCAUGAAGUCGUCACCGUCUGUUCACAGCGUCCGCCAGCUCAUAACGGAUCCUGCCGAAAGACAUCCCCAAUCUCGUACCUUUGACAACUGGUUCUGCGCACCAGAAGAUCAGCGCACACUGUCAAUGUACUUGAUUGACAACCAAAAGUACGAACUCGCCUCUCUUCCGGCAUACGUAUAUGCUACUCAGCUCAACCAGGCUGAGGCAACCGACUACUCGCUACGACCUUUCCGGCGCCUUUGGAAGGGCCCCGGGCAAGAGGAGUGCGCUGGCAGUCUGAUAUGGCAGCUCAACGACUGUUUCCCGGCCGCUAGUUGGUCUCUGGCCGAUGCCUUCCUCCGUCCUAAGCUGGCUUAUUUUGUCGCCAAAAGGGAUUAUGCGCCCAUCAUUGUUGGGUGCGCGAGGACGACUGUAGAACACCCUGCCGAUGAGUUUACUCGUGUAUAUGUGGAACGCGUUACCUCGGCAGAUGUGUGGGCCAGCAACUGCACCACCUCCGAGGCCAAGUUGACCAUGACGGUAGCCUUCUAUUCCGUCUUGGAUGGCAAAUUACUCGCUUCCAAAUCUGAAGAAGUGACUUUGCUACCAAAUCGCUCAACAGAACUGCAGAAAGUAAAGUUUGAGGGAAAAGAAUGGGGGGUCAAACAAGAGUCCAUAGUCGUUGCCACCAAGCUCAGCAAGGAUGGAGACGUGGUGGCUCGCCAUGUCAACUUCCCUCAGCCGUUGAGGCAUCUCGAUUUUUCCGCUACGGACGUUACCGUCACGAAAAAAGAUACUAACGUCUCAGCUGGAUCUUUCGAGCUUGCUGUCUCAGUCAAGGAUGGCGUGGCUAAAGGUGUAGAACUCAUGAUUGACACUCUCGACCCAGACGUUGCGGAUAAGUAUAUCUUUAGCGACAAUGCCUUGGAUCUUGUCCCAGGGGAAGAGCAGACUGUAACCGUUACUGCCGUCACCGGCACAAAGGCCGAUCUUGAGAAUGUCAAAGUGGUGGAGCAGCACUACGGUUCUGUGGCUUCGAAAUCGAAACUUGUGUUGAUGUAA